AUGGUUACUAAAGAAGACCUCCGUGCCCUCUCAGACACUAUCCACGCGGGGAUCCGCACGGAAGUAACCGCACUCAAAGCAGACAUCACGGCACAUGGCAGCAGAAUCCAGGCAGUGGAAACUACCACACAGGCUACAGCAGCACAGGUAGAGGCCUCAAUCCUAGCAAUUUCCAGACAGGGAAACAUGCUGCUUGCACUGAGAUGCCAAACAGAAGACUUAGACAACAGAGGCCGCAGAUCUAACAUCCACAUCCGCAGACUGCCAGAACCCACAGAGGAGGAAGAUGUAGAGGCCACACGGAAGGCCCUCUUCCAGGAAAUACAAGGGGCAGAUGCGCCGGAAUCCAUGGAAUUUGAGCAAACAGAGCAAAUAGACCACGCACAGCAGACAGCACACCAAGAGAUAUCAUAUGCU